AUGUCGCUGUUUGUCUCUUUGACCCGGUCCGUGGCCCCUCGCUUGAGCGCGACGCCUUUGAUGUCCCGUCCAGCAGCGAUGACCGUCUUGGCUCGUUACCAGAACCAGAUCCAGGUGCAGUCGAAUGCGGCUUCAGCUUCGGCUUCGGCUUUGCCCUCGUCGGGGUUCGGUGCGACCCGUGGGAUGAAGGUCAGGGCUUCGGUCAAGAAGAUCUGUGAGGGCUGCUCCUCGGUCAAGCGCCGAGGCCGUGUGUUUAUUAUCUGCAGCAAGAACCAGAAGCACAAGCAGAGACAGGGUUAA